AUGUCAUUUUUUCAAUGGUGUAAAUCUAGUUCUUCAUAUAAAAACUACGCAAUUGAUGUUUCUGUUUCUAAUUGCGGAGCAAAUGAAUCAAAAGGCAGUUAUACAUUUAGUGUUACAUAUGGUGAUAUACUUGUUUCCAAUAUCAAUAGCACAAACAACAAAUGCAAACAAUAUUCAUCAUAUAGAAGUGUCCUUACAGGAAGUUCAGGCACAUGUAAUUUCUCAACAUUCAGAGGAAACAACCAAACUGGAAGUGAAUCAGUUCGAUUUUCGAUUACUCCUGAUAGUAAGAAUGAUACACAAACAGUUUCUUAUUGCAAUAUUAUUGGAAAUAAAUGCGAACCAAUCACUACUCAAUCUUUAUUUGCGAGUACAUACACAGUUAAUGUUAAUCACUGCAUAUUUUUAAAUAACAUUGCAAAGUUUAUGUUUAAUAACCGUCUAUCUUAUGAUGAUGCUAUAGAUUACAAUUUGACUAUUUCAGAUUCAUAUGUUGAUAAUCAGUCAGUAGCUAAUGGAAAUGGAAGAGUUACAUUUAAUAAUCUAAAACAAAACUCCGAUUUAAAUGAAAUGCCUCUUUUUUACACAGAAAAUUGUUUUAUUGAUCCUAAAGAAAUUUCUAAUAAAUUUUCAUAUCUUACUAAAUUUUCAAAAACUGCGUUGGCAGGAUUAUUUACAUCCAAAAGAAAAUAA